AUGGCCAAGCAUGGUUUGAAGACGAUACGGGCGGUACUGUUCCAGUCGCAGUCCCGAAAACCUUUCCUUGCACAGCGAACGGGCCAGACCCGUCAUGUCCUCACUAGAGAACCACCACCUAGCCACGAGAAACCCGACUUUGUCUCGAUCGUCGACGCGCCUGCUCGGAUUGUGUCUGUAGGACAGAAGCAUUCGAAAUGGGGCAUUGCGUUCCUCGCCGUCAUUCCCUUGACUGCUUUCUGCUUGGGCACCUGGCAGAUCCAGCGAUUGGACUGGAAGACGAAACUGAUCGCGAAGUUCGAAGACCGACUCGUCCGGCCGCCGCUACCUCUACCCCCUCGUAUCGAUCCGGAUGCUAUCCACGAGUUUGACUACAGAAGGGUAUAUGCUACGGGAAAAUUCCGACAUGACAAAGAGAUGUUGAUAGGGCCGCGGACGCAGGACGGCAAGGACGGAUAUAUGGUGGUUACCCCUCUGGAGCGUGAAGGAGGCAGCACUAUCCUCGUCAACCGUGGCUGGAUCAGUCGAGACAAAAAAUACCAACAGGACAGAGAUCCAUCCGCUCUGCCCCAAGGCGAAGUCACCGUCUCGGGACUGUUGCGGGAGCCAUGGAAAAAGAACAUGUUCACGCCAAACAAUGACCCCGAACAUGGCAAAUUCUAUUUCCCCGACGUUCAAGAGAUGGCCAAAGUCUCAAAUGCCGAACCCGUCUGGGUCGAAGAGACCAUGACGCCGGAUCUAAUGGUCAGCUACGACCGAGAAGCCAAAGGCAUCCCCAUCGGGAGGAUCCCCGAGGUCAACUUGAGGAACACUCAUGUACAGUACAUAGUCACAUGGUAUUCGUUAUCCGCGGCGACGGCGCUCAUGUUGUGGAUGGUCCUCCGCAAGAAGCCGAUGGACAGAUCACGACGGGUCCGACACGUUACAAAUUGGUGA